GCCCGAUACGCGCUGAUGCGCGCGACUCGAAUCCAAACGUAUCUAACUACUGUGGGCGAGACUGUCGCUGUCGACGCUGUUGUCGCUGUUCGAUAAGCCGGGCGUGAACGUGAACGCGCAGGAAACGUCAAGCACACAGCCGAGAUGUCGAGGAACGACGGCAAGAAAGACACCUCGGCGUCCGCGUUCCGUAAGAUCGACGUAGACCAAUAUAGCGACAACAAUUUCAAAGAGGAGGACGCGGACGGUGGCGUAGGUGCGCCCACCGGUCCGGACGAGAACGAGAUCUUGACACUUCUUAGCCAGGGUAAGAACGCAGAGGCCCUAAUAUCGGUAUUAAAGUCCGCACCGUUGGAGUGUAAGAAUCAGCAAGUAAAGGACAGUGCACGAAAUUUAACACAGAAGGUGCUUCUAAGUAUAAAGUCGAAUCAAGUGGACGAUUGUUUAGCACAAUUAGAUCGUGACUUAAUAGAUGUUCUAAUGAAAUAUAUUUAUCGAGGUUUUGAAAUCCCGACAGAAGGUAGCAGUAGUCACUUGUUACUUUGGCAUGAAAAGGUAUUUAAUAUAAGCGGUGUUGGCUGCAUUGUCCGUGUAUUCUCUGACAGCAAACGGGCUUGAAGAGUUUUGUACAUUUUGCAGUAACAUGUUCAUUAUAUCAUAAUUACCAUUAAUUCUUACUGUUAUUCAUCGUCAUUGUUAAUGCGAUGAGGAUGUAGAUAGGCAAGCCAUUCACAAUUUUCCAUAUGGGAAAUACAACAAAUUUGUGUACA